AUGUCUACUGCUGGAACCAAGAUGGUGACGUGCAGCUUGGAAGCGGAAGUGCCAGCUGUGGAGUCAAGGUCGGGGCGAAGAUGGGGGCGUGUGCUGAAGGCGCGUGCAAUCCUGCGCCUGGCUGGUGCUGCUGGCAGAGGCAGGCGUCUCUUGCUGGCAGUCACAGCUUCUGUGCGCCUCUUGGCGGCGCCGCUCCCACUCUCCGCCUACAGCAACGCUUCUGCUGCCUGGACGCUGGCUCUCUCCGCUCUCGACGCCGGGACGUCCGCUCACUUCUUCUUCUCCCACCCCAUUUCCGUGGGGACAGCGCGACAGACUCCGUGUGGUGGCCGCUUUAACAGCUCCCUGGAUUGUGCUGACGAUGUUCUAAUGGUGCCCAUCUGGGAAUGUUGGGCCAACAGUGCAGAUCGUCCAAAUAUUUUACGGCAGUGCUUGGGCCUGCGGCUGGAAUCGGUGCACGCGCAAUUCACUGCCUGGGCGGCCCCCGCUGACGUGGCAGAGGCGGCUCUCAUGCUCCACACGAACGGGCUCUGGACGAAGGAGCUACGAGUGAGUGGCGUCAACUGGCCACGCGACGUCAUUCUACCACACAUGCCUCAACUGCGGGCCCUAAGUUUCACGCACAGCUUUUUGGACUCCCUUCAAUCCGAUUGCUUCAUCUCUGUUUUAAACCUCGAGAGGCUGAGUUUACCUCAAAACAAUUUGAAAAUUCUGCCUGUUGGAAUAUCUUAUCUGAAGAACCUGAAGUAUUUGGAUAUUUCAAAGAAUCCAAUUUCUUUUGAAAAUGAUUCUUUGAACAAAGAAUUGCAUACGUUAUCUAUGAUUGAAGUUUUGAUACUAUCUGGUACAUAUGUGAACGAAUUAAAAACAAUUCGUCUACUAGAUCAGACAAAACAAAUGUAUCCAGCGUUUUUUUUAAGUCAAUUAGACGUUAGCAAUUGCAAUAUUUCUCAAAUUAGAGAGGACGAAGUUACUAUAUUCAGUCAGCAAUAUAAAUUAUCAGUAGUGAAUAUGUCGCAUAAUAAUUUAAAAUUUAUUCCACAUGAGUUAUUUGCGGUUUUAAAAAAUUUGAAAAUUUUAGAUUUAUCACAUAAUUAUAUAUCUAAAGUUCCCAUAUUUUAUUUCGAGGCUACGCAAUUGGCAAUUUUAGAUUUGUCAUGGAAUAAAUUGCCUUCUCCUGGUGUUAUUAUCAAAGGAAACAUAAUUGCUUUAAAUAUGUCACAUAAUGAAAUAAAGAGGUGGGAAUACAUUAUGCUAUCCCCAUUCGAAAAUGUGUCUAUUUUAUCUCAUUUAAAUUUAUCUUACAAUUUUAUAGAAACGUUUUCGAAAUCAAUGUUGCAAGGAUUUUCUUUGCUACAGUCAUUAGAUCUCGGGAAAAAUCCCCUUAAUUGCGAAGAGUGUAAAAUGGAGGUUUUAAGGAAGUGGAUGAUGACUGAAAAAGCAACAUAUUUGUACAACAUUGGUACAUCCUCUGAAUUGAAGUGCUCAUUCCCAACACAUGACUUUGGACAAUCUGUUUUCAAUGUUACCACUAAUAGAGAUGUCUGCAAGAAUACAAGACGAGUUACAGCUGUCAUUGUUGUUAUUGCCCUAUCUUCAACAGCCCUGUCUGCGUUACUAAUCAUACUCCUUCUAUGCUGCUGCGGAAAACGGUACGAGAUCAUUUACGCUCUGCAUUUAUUGAAAGUGAAGAAAAAAUGGAAAAUAUCAGCCAGAAAGGAACAUGAUUAUGAUGUCUUUUUGAUUUACUGUGUUUUUAGUUACCGAGGUGUAGACGUUGUUGAUCGCCUCAAAUCAGAAUAUUCUGUUUCAAGAAUAAGCAAACGUUGGCCCCUCACAAUAUUCCUCAGUUUUAUGAACAUUGGAGCAAUCAAUGCUCAGAUCAUUUAUAAAACAAAUACCAAUGACAUGAUGUCUCGCAGAAAAUUCCUGACUCAGCUCAGCAUAACUCUUGCGAGACCUCACAUCGAAGGGGACAGCGCGUGGGUGGAGCGAGAGCUGGUGCCCGCACUAGAGAUGAAAGCAGGGCUGCGCCUCUGCCUGCUGCAGCGGGACUUUUCUCUCGGCUCUCCCUCUUUACACAACUUUAGCCUGGCGGUGUGUGCGAGCGGCUGUGUCCUCGCGGUGCUUAGUCACCAUUUCCUAGAAAACCAGUGGGGAUUGUGGCAGCUGGAGCAAGCAUCGCGCCAGACCAGACGCCACCAGCGCUUGGUGCUCUUGGAACGUGAGCGGCUGGCGCGAGCUGCUGCACCACAGCACGUGCGCUUCCUCAUGGACACCCGCACCUAUCUUCCAUGGACCGGGUCUCUGGCGCGCGCAGGGGCUCUUGAGCGGCUGGCGGCCGCGCUGGCGCCCUUCCCGCUAUCCCACGCUGGCGCCCGUUGCCACGUUGCCUUUGCCCGGCGCUGAGCAGUGCCGGCCUUGCCAGCGAAGCAACCUCACUUUGCUCCAGCAUGCCUGCAGAUUAUGUCGGACGCUGCACUACGCUGGACUAACACCCGAGGGCCUGUAGCCCGAGGGAUUGGAAGUCGCUUGAGAGGCAAAAACUUCUGGUAGCGCCCGUGUACAUACAAAUAUUUGUGGGUUACUAGUUCAUUGCUGAAUGAAACAAAAAUUCGAAACAUUUCAUAAUUUUUCUUACGCCUAAAGUGAAAAGAAGCAUUGUAAUCGUCAUUUGUCAAUAUGACAGAGUGUGUGUCUAAAGACUUAUUUGUUCGUACAAAAUGAAAGAAUAUUGUUAAGUGCAGAAAUACUCGCCAAAGAUAGCAAAGCUACGGUCUGUGGUUUCCAGUGAAACGGUACUAAGACUUUGGUAAAACGAUAUGAAAUAUAGAUUAUUUGAUUUUAUUGCAACAAAGUAUUUAAAUCAUAGCAUCAAAAAAUAACAUUUCGUGGAUGUUAGUCCAUGUGCAUUAUACUUAUUACUACGAGUAAUUACUGCUACUCAAGAAGUACAUACUAUGUUUCUAAAAAACAGAUAUGGCAACAGUGAAAUAUGAGUGACUGGUGGUAAUUGUGUAUUCAUGGGAAUAUUCCAAAAUUGCACGUGUCAUAUCAAUUAAGCAAAGUAAGGAUUAUAACAAGUUAUUUCACCUAUUUGAGCAUUAUGUCAUUUAUUAUUGUAUUUGCUUACGUUUUAAAUUUAAUAAAUCGAAAUCAUAA